AUGAGUUGCUGGGCUAGGAAAUGGAGCUUUAGGGGAUGGAGCGGAGCCUGGGGAGGACCUGCACAUAAACCCCACAUACUAUUUCUCUACCUCCAACACAGACUUGCAGAGGAAAACCUGAGGAGGAGGACUUUCGGGGGUGAGUGAGAACGCCCUGCACCUGUCCUGGUAUCAGCCUCUCGACAUGGGGGUGCUCAGCGCCGCAGCUGCGGGGAGAUGGGGCACGGCCGCAGCAGGUGUGGGGAGCCCUCCGGGAAUGGAGGAGUCUCGCAGCUGCGGGUGAAGUCCCGGGCAGGUGCGGUGUACUCGCCGUGUACGCAGCUGGCGCAGGCCAGGGAAUCCCAGCUCGGGGCUAGAAGAAAGCUGGAGUGCCCGACCCCGGCCCCAAGAGUCUCUCUACAACCUAGAGUCGGUCCCCGGGUGGGGUCGACAACUGGCCAAACUAGUCACCCGGGGGUGGGCAGGAAUAGACCACUUACCAGGAGAGCCAAUGGGAGCGGACGAAGGGGGGAAGGCGGGCAAAUGGCCAGAAUAGCUUCCGAGUCAGCCGGAAGUGACCCUGUGGAACGGUUGCCAUGGCAGCGGCUGGGCGUGCUGCUUAGCAGGGGAAAGAUGGCGGUGACGGGCUGGAUGGAGAGUCUGCGGACAGCCCAGAAGACUGCGCUGCUGCAGGACGGGAGAAGGAAGGUUCACUAUUUAUUCCCAGACGGCAAGGAAAUGGCUGAAGAAUAUGACGAGAAGACGAGUGAACUACUUGUGAGAAAGUGGCGUGUGAAAAGUGCCGUGGGAGCCAUGGGCCAGUGGCAGCUUGAAGUAGGAGAGCCAGCGCCCCUAGGAGCAGGGAACCUGGAGCCUGAACUCAUCAAGGAAAGCAAUGCCAAUCCUAUCUUCAUGCGCAAGGACACCAAGAUGAGUUUCCAGUGGUGGAUUCGAAACCUCCCCUAUCCUAAGGAUGUCUAUAGUGUCUGUGUGGACCAGAAGGAGCGCUGCAUCAUUGUCAGAACAACCAACAAGAAGUACUACAAGAAGUUCUCCAUUCCUGACCUAGAUAGACACCAGCUACCUCUGGAUGACGCCUUGCUGAGCUUUGCCCAUGCCAACUGCACCCUGAUCAUCUCUUACCAGAAGCCAAAGGAGGUUGUGGUGGCCGAGUCCGAGCUACAGAAGGAACUAAAGAAGAUAAAGACAGCCCACAGCAACGAUGGGGACUGCAAGACCCAGUAGUUGGCCCCUGAGCCUUAUACCUCCAGCACAGGGGGUGCCGUGAGACUUCAAGGCUUGGCCCUUCUUGACCACGGCAGCCUCCUGUCUUCUAGGAGCUAUCAAGGGUCUCUAAGAACUGGGCAUGGGGCACUCCUAGCCAGUGAGUCAUGGUCAUAUUUCCUGAGUAAAGUCAUUCUGAGUUACUUAGUGCA